AUGGGGAUCAAAGCUGCCCUUCCCAAAGCUGAGCUGUACCUCUAUACAGCUGUUCUGUGUCUAGCUCUGUUAUGGGCUGGCAGUUGGAUCAUUGAAGCAUCCAGUGAAAAUGUGAACAGGAGGGCAUUUAGGGAGAGUGUACAGCCAGGGUGGCACUAUUUUGGCCGAAAAAUGGAUGUGUCUGAUUUUGAAUGGGUGAUGUGGUUCUCAACAUUCCGUAACCACAUUCUGUUUGCUCUCUCUGGUCAUGUCAUCUUUGCCAAAAUUUGCUCCAUGCUGUCCCCUAGGCACAGGUCUUUGAUGUACAUGAUCUAUGGGAGCAUUGCUGUCCUGGUCACUAUGGGAUGGACCUACAUGUCCCUCAUCCUGGCUCACUGCAUUAUCAUCUACAGCAUGGCUCUCGUCAAGAGGAAGUCGAUGUGUUUCCUGGCUGGACUCACCAGCCUUGCCACCUUCAAGAUGGAGCCUUUCAUGUCCUGGCAGGCAGGCUUUGUGACUGGCUCCUUUGACCUUCAGGAUGUCCUUUUCUAUGGAGGAUGUGGUUUUUCCAUAAUGCGCUGCAUGAGUUUUGCCUUAGAGAACUGCGAGAAGAAAGAUGGCAACUACACAUUCAUGGAUCUGCUCAAGUACAACUUCUACCUCCCUUUCUUCUUUUUCGGACCCAUCAUGACCUUUGAUCAGUUCCAUGUGCAGGCUAACAAUCCUGAUUUGACACGGAAGGAGAGAGAAAUGUGGAAUAUCACCAUUCAGGCUUUGGUGCACCUUGGAGCCAUUUUGGUGGUGGAUGUCUUCUUCCAUUUUCUCUACAUUUUGACCAUCCCUUCUGACAUGAAGCUAGUGAAACAGUUGUCUGACUGGUCCCUGGCUGGUUUGGCCUACUCAAACCUAGUGUAUGAUUGGGUGAAAGCAGCUGUGAUGUUCGGUGUUAUCAACACUGUGUCAAGGCUGGACCACCUUGACCCUCCUCAACCCCCAAAAUGUAUCACCAUGUUGUAUGUCUUCGCUGAAACACAUUUUGACAGAGGAAUCAAUGACUGGCUGUGCAAGUAUGUUUAUGACUACAUUGGAGGAAACCAUGAUGGCAUUAUUAUGGAGCUGUUGGCAACCAUCUGCACUUUUGCUGUCACCACCCUUUGGCUGGGACCUUGUGAGAUAGUUUAUAUCUGGUCCUUCUUCAACUGUUUUGGUCUGAACUUUGAGCUGUGGGUUGCCAAAUUGUUCUCCUUUCCCCCCUUCUCCACCAUUGAGGGAGCCAUGUCUGAGGCAAUGUCACGCCGAAUCAGGGGUCUGUUCAAUGCUGUCAACUUCUGGCAAAUCAUCCUCUACAAUGUUCUUGCCCUGAAUAGCCUGCAGUUUGCCAAGCUGGUGGCUAAAAGAUUGCUUGUUCAAGGGUUCCCAAUGUCCACCCUGUCUGUACUGUUUGUGACCUACUGCGGCGUCCAGCUAGUGAAGGAGCGGGAGAGGAAACUGGCACUGUUGGAGGAGCCAGCUCCAUCAGAGGAGCCUGACAAAGAGAAGAAAGACUAG